AUCGCGAUUCGCCAGACGGCCGGCUCUCGACUGCCUUUUUGCGUAAUCACUCGCUUUAUCAGUCUCGAUAUAGGAUGGAGACGGUGAAUGUGUACUUGAUAUUCGUGAACAUCGCCUUGCGCCGAUACGACGGAUCAUCGCGCGAUGCGAAUGGUCCCGCAGUGGAGAACACAAGCGGGUAUAAUAGAUAAAAUCCUUGCGUUGACCACAGUCAGUCAGUAACGAGUCCUCGGAUCGAACGAGCACUGGUCGCAAACCGUGGUUAUAUCGUGCUGCGCAUCUCGCGCUGCAAACCGACCAGCUUGCGAGUGUCCCGCGCGAAGAAAGAAAAAUAUCACCGCGCGCUUCACUCGCCGGUGAUACAUUCGAUACUCGACACCGUGUGUCGAGGAGGUUCGUUCGUAUUUAUGAGACACCGUGUACUUAUCGCGAUCCCUCGAAUUGCACAUAUCGCCGCUAUUUAAACUGGCUCUUUCCGAGAUCCGAAGGUGUUUGAGCAGAAGGAAAAAGAAAUAACCCGAGGCACGACAGUUGUGUCACUCGCUCGGAAUUUUCCCGAGUGAUUCGCCGUAUAUCUGGAAGCUCGCGUUUCUCUCGAAUCGCAAACAGAGAAGAGACAACUUGGCAGACAAUUCAAACAAAGAGAGAGAGAGAGAGAGAGAGAGAGACAAAGGGAAAGAGAAAGGGAGAAAUCGCUCAGUCGCGAAGAUUAGAGCAUUCGCAACUGAUGUUCGAAAAAAACAAGACCUCGCACAUCCGCGGAACAUUAUCGAGAGAAUAAUUCGAACGACCGGCCGGUUCAACGAAGAGAACAGCUGACGACGUUUAUACUGCGAUACGCGUGAACGAUAUUGCAUAUUAAAAAGCAAGACUGAAGAUAGGAAAAAAAAAAAGAGAGGAAGAGGAGGCUCAAACGUACUACGAAACGUUUACGUGUGAAAGAAGAAAUUGACAAUUGACGCGCGAAAGGGGCGCGAAGAUUCGAAUUUAAUGAAACCGGAAACAGUGACACUUGUGACAGACAUUAGAGAUUAGAGAUCCCUUCGAAACUGCCUAUUUUGAGCUCGAACAAAAGAGUUAUUUGUCGAGGCUUAACGUCACAGUAUUACCCGAUCGCGAAACGCGCGGUUAACAAAGGAAUUGAUAAGCGCGAAUAGCGAACGAACUCGUCAUGGAGAAUAACACAGUGGACGUGAUCAAUAACCCAAACAUCAGUAUUAACGCAUCGACAUGCUUGGAAGUCAAGGCAGAACCCGACGUACACGAGAAAAAGAGACGAGAGCGGAAAGGAGUAAUUUAUCAAGUGUUGAUGGGCCUGUGCGCCAAUGUUUCGGUAGUGGGACCAGCUAUGGGUUUCGGCUACAGCGCCGUGGCGUUGGGCCCACUGACCUCGCCAAGCAGCGACGUGCAACUCGACGCUGCUCAGGCGAACUGGGUUGCAACCGCCUCAGCGCUGGGUACGCCCGUUGGCUGCUUGCUGUCGAGCGUGACGAUGAGGCGAGGGAGAAGAAUCAGCUUGCUGGUAACGUCGCUGCUCUCAAUGGCCGGUUGGGUGACGAUCUACAUGUCGAAUAACUACGAGCAGAUCGUUGCGGGCAGAGUGAUCUCCGGGGUGGCCACCGGCAUGGCCUCGGUGCCGACAACGGUGUAUGUGGCGGAAAUAGCGGGCCCCAAGUGGCGGGGCACGAUGGUCACAUGGACCAGUAUCUCCAUCGCCCUCGGAGUCCUCAUCGUUUAUGUGUUCGGCUAUGUUUUCAAGGACAACUGGCGAAUGGUGUCCUUAAUGUGCGCACUAUUCCCGCUGCUGUCGAUCGCCCUCACCUUGCUGGUGAUACCCGAGAGUCCUCUGUGGCUGCGGGAUCAGAAUCGCCCGGACGAUGCGUUGAAGAUCCUGAAAAAGUUCCGCGGCGUGCCGAAGGACGAUGCGGCGCCGGCCGAGCUCAUGUUCGAGCUGAAGCCGCGGCCACAGAAGAAGAAGCAGAACCUGCUCAAGCAUCUGAUGAAGAGGAACGCCAUUGUACCGUUCGCCAUCAUGCUCAGCUACUUCUUCUUCCAGCAGUUCUCCGGGCUCUUCGUCGUCAUAUACUACGCCGUCGACAUCAUCGUGAGUUCCGGGGUCAAGUUGGAUCCUUACCUCGGCGCCGUCCUCAUUGGCUUCACCCGACUCGUCGGCAGUCUCCUGGUGGCCGGUGUGUCCCGGAAAUACGGCCGUAGGAUCCCGUCGAUCGUUUCCGGCAUCGGCAUGGCGAUCUUCAUGGGCGGAUUGUCGGUCUAUCUCUUCCUGAAGGACAAUGGCUACGACAUCGCGGACGGCGGAGUGAUACCGGCGGUGUGCGUGCUGCUGUACAUAUUCGCGAGCACACUCGGAUACCUGGUGAUACCCUUUGCCAUGGUGGGCGAGGUGUUCCCGUCCAAGGUCAAGGACAUACUGUCCGGCCUGACGACCUGCAUAGGUUACAUCUUCAGCUCGAUCACCGUCAAGACGUAUCCGGACAUGCUGGAGACGAUGGGCAAGCACGGUGUGUUCCUCUUCUUCGCGGUGGUGUCCUUGGUCGGCGCUGUGUUUAUCGUACUAUGCCUGCCCGAGACCAAGGGCAAGACUCUGCAUGAAAUCGAAGAUAUGUUCUCGAAGAAGAAGAAGAAUACUUUCGAGUUGCAGCCGCCAGAGGCGGUGGUCAGCCCGAAGGACACCUCCGUCGGCCUGCUAGUGAAUUGAAAAUAUAUUUACGGCAUACGGUCGCACACAGUAGUCCACACACAUAGUCAUAAGUGUUGAGCAUUCGGAAGAAGAGGAAAAGCUCGAAGCUACGUCGGUGCUACGUUGCGCACCGACCGAUCGUCGCACAAUCGAAUCUAAAGAAAUCAGACGGACAUCGUCGUUUUGUGGACACUUGUAUGUGUACAUACGCCGGCGGUUCCUCGAGUUACUCGAAUCAAACUCAUCGAAGUGAACGAUGUUUCGAUAUUCCUCCUCUAAAGUCCUCAAGAAUCUGAUCCUUUUACGUUUCGCGCGCACGUUAUCUCCUUAAGGCGCGAAGAAAGAAACUGAAACGCAAAGACGAUUGCGUGGCGUCCGCGCGAGGAGGCGUACUUUGUGAUGUAAUUUUAAGAACAAGGUUGUAAUCUGAGUGAAAAUUUUGCCAGCUGUAAUGUAAAGGCAUGCGUCUUUAUCUGCCCAAUUUGAUUUGUGAGAAACGAUGACGCGGACGGUGCCAUUUAUUGAUAUUUUACUAGAUAUGUAAAGUACGAAUGUGAAUUAAGAUAGAUAAGAUUAAGAUUAAGAUUUCCUCUAGUCCGAGAGAGUUACUUGCGAGAAAAAGAGUGAUCCGUAAUCUCAGACAUUUCGCGAGCGGCACAUAUCGUACUAUCGUUAUCGUUAUUAUUACUAUUGUCGUUAUUGUUGUUAUCAUUUACUGAGAUUUAUUACUCACGCGUUUGCCAGUCACGCAGACACCUCUGUCUCUCUGUGUCUAACGUGAGAGUAGCGCGAUGCCUGAUUUUCGAGACGAAAACAUUCUUUUGACGUUUCUUUAUCGCGAGCGAGCACUUUCCCGCCUCUUGUAGCAGGAAGGUCUCGCAGAUUGAAGUUUCGCGCGAUCAGUGUCACUGAAAUCGUUGAGAGUUCGAUCGUUGAAAAUUUAGAUGAACCACGAGCUUUGCGUAAGCCGAGCUACUUUAAAUGAUAUACGCUCGACCGCGCACCGAUAACGGGCGUAAUUAAUAAAAAAAUAAAAAUGUAGAAUCGUUAUCGUUGAUAAAGUUAUAAUAUUGUCGCGGAGCGAGUUAACGUUGCGUCGAACGGUUGAAGAAUCGCACUCAAACGCAAGUGCGCGAUCGCCCUUAUCUGAGUGCUAGUGAAGGCUAUUAGACUUCAUGAUUAAACAAACCAAUGUUCCGUGUAUGUAUUUGCAGCGCAUCUCUAGCGCAGAUCUACGCGGAUUAAAUGUGACUUACUUUUCGAUAAAUCCGAACGAGAUACAGCGAUCACGAUCGAGAGAGUCGGCCGAUAACGGCAAAGAUAGGAUUAGCUCGUUCGCGUGUCACUGAUACGUAAUAUAUUAUCUGUAUUAAGGCUGAAGAGCACUCUAACGCUCGCGAUAGCAAAUAUCCGGGACCUGAGAAGUCGUCCUAUAUGAGUCUAUUUCACGGCCAAUCAUUUCUUUCUCUCUCUCUCUCUCUCUCUCUCUCUCUCUGUACGAAACAUUUUUCCGCGGAGAGACGACGCGACGGCGGCGCGGCGUCAAGGAAGGCGGAGCGAAUAUUUUCAAACUGUAAAACACGAGCGCAAACCAAGUCCUGAGUAUAAUUAAUUUAGAAUUUAUGCACGAGGUGUCUACCGAAGAUGUAAUAUGACGAAAAUAUAAAUAUACACACACACACACACACACACGGAUAUAUACGUAUAUAAUAUGCGCAUCUCAUACUUUAUUUUCUUAUUUUAACAUUAAAAUCUUAAAUAAUAAAUUAACAAAUGAUGUAACAAUCAUGAUAAUUAAAUAACAAACACAAUGUACAGUUUACGAGGUGUGAAAGCGUGAAUGAGAGGAGGGGGGGGAAGAGUAUGAGCAGGGUUUGGUGGAGAAACGAGGCGAGAGAGGAUGGGAUAAACGAUUGCUUUUUUUCAACUGCUAUGACGAUAAUGACGGUAAUAAUAAGAUAA